AUGCAAUCGGUAUUCCGAGCACACACCAUUAAGCUGCCCCGUUGCUCGACACUCGGCAGCGGAACCGGUCGCAAGCGCGAGGCUUAUCGACUCACCAGCCCUUCCCAUGUAUGCUGCAUAGAAAUGACCCUGCAGUGCGAUGAGCUCUACCGCGCGGCUGACAAGAUGGCUAAAGCGUCGCAGCGCACACAGUCACGGAUCCGCGCGGCCGUGGAGACGCAACGGCAACGCGCAGCUCUUCACCAACUGGACAGCGGAGCAGAGUUUUUUCCUGACGAUGACGCAUGUCCGACCUACUCUCUCACGAACGCACUCACAGGGUGUGUUUGUCAACCUUCUACAGCCACGUCACCCCCGCUACGACUUCUCGAGCACCAGCGGGAGGGCGUGCGCUGGCUACUGGCGCUCCACGAGCUCGGCCUGAACGGCAUCAUGGCAGAUGAAAUGGGUCUCGGCAAGACAGUUCAAGUGGCCGCCUUCCUUGCAGCCCUCGCGAAGGCCGGGGUGCUGGGCACCUUCCUCAUUGUUGUCCCUCUCUCCACAAUGGAGAGCUGGAAAAAGGAGCUGCUGCGCUGGGUGCCGUGGAUGCACAUCAUCGAGUUCCGCGGCACACACGAGGUCCGUGCUAAGCUGCGAUCGCGCCUGCGAAACCGACACCGCCGUGCCUUUGAGCGGCAGGAAACGCUGCGUGCGCAGUGGGCACAGGGUGUGUCCGUGAGAGUGCUGGCGAAGACCGUCGGUGGAGUCGUGCUCGCGAGCUACGAAUCUGUCAUGAUGGACCAUGGCGCGCUUGCUCGCCUUAUCCACUGGGACAUCACCAUCGUUGACGAGGCGCACCGCUUGAAGAAGCUCCAGUGCAAGCUCCUGCAGACUCUCCACAAAGCUGCGUGCCGCAUGCGCCUGAUCCUCACGGGCACGCCUUUGCAGAACGACUUGACGGAGCUGUGGACGCUACUAGAGUAUGUCGGGCCACAGAUUUUCAGCCACGACGAUGCCGAUCAACGGUGUCUGCGAGAAGCAGUGACGGCACUCUCAUGUGGAUGUGGUAGGCGACUCAACGAGAGAAGAGAGGAACGACGCGGCGAUGGUUUAGGUGGGAAAGAGCCCACAGAAAGGCAUACGGCAGCGGCCGCUCGAUUCCCACAUGCGCCUCAAGCGAAUACGGGCGCCAACGCUGGCGAAGCGCAAGGUUUACUCCUCGCGUCUCUGAAAACGGUGCUGCAGCCAUUUGUGCUACGUCGCAUCAAGGCCACUGUCGGCAUCCAGCUCCCGCCUAAGUACGACCUCGUGCUUCCCACCCCGCUCACACCGGCGCAGCAGCUGCUCUACGCCCGGGUUCAAUCGGAAGAACGCUAUGCCAACAGCCGUCUGACGCACCUCCGAAAAUGCUGCAUCCAUCCGUUUCUCAUCCGUGACUUCUAUGCAGAUAGCUGUGAAUGGCGGUGCACGCCUCAGUCGCCAUCCUCGGCGCGCGAGCGACUCGAGUUCAUGGUAAAGGCGUCCGGAAAGCUAAAGCUGCUUGACGCCAUGCUGCCGGAACUGCGCCGCCGUGGCCAUCGUGUCCUCUUGUUCUCUCAAAUGACAAGGGCGCUAGAUCUCGUCGAGGAAUACCUAUCCUUGAAGAAUACAGUCCUCGAAGAGGCGUUCUUUGGAGGCGAUGAGACAGAAACAGUGAUGACUGUGGAUAGAUGCUGCGAAAGCGGUUCGCCCAAGGAUAGCACUGGUCGCAAGCGGCUUGAAACGAUACUGUCUCAGAUGUUGGUGUACACGCGCCUGGACGGGAGCAGCUCCGCAGAAGCCCGCAGCGAGGCUAUUCGUCACUUUCAAGGGCCGCCUAGUUCUUCCAGCAAACCGGGCAAUGGUGCGGAAUAUGAUAGCGCGCCAUUUUCGGUGAAUGCUGCAGCUGGAGGUGAUUCUGUAGAGGUGUUCCUUGAGCACGACAGGCAGGCGGAGAAGCCCUCCGCCCCUGCCGACCGUGUUCUCCCACUGGCGAAGCGCCGCUGGCGCCGUGUGGGGAAGGGGCUCCGCACUCGAGGCAUCGAAGAGGAUGAUGAAGUGUUCGAGGUGCCAUUUUUGUCAGCCCGCACGAGCACUCCUGCAGGGGUUCUUGCCGAGAGGAGCGUGAACGAGACGCUGCCUCUCUCAUUCAAGGCGACGGGCAGUGUAAAAGCAUGCUAUGCCCAUCUGGUGACGCGGAAGAGAUUGGCUAGUGCUGGAAGUGACAGCCUCUCAACCCGCAAGUCUUUAAUUACACCCAGCAAGUGUGAAGCGGAUGGUGCUUCAUGGCCAUCAGACCUCUCCCUGACCUCAACUGCCACCAGCGCUGCCCACGCAGCGCAGCCGGGGGUGUUUCUGUUUCUCAUCAGCACCCGCGCCGGUGGCACCGGCCUCAACCUCACCGGCGCCGACACCGUUAUCCUGCUGGACAGCGAUUUCAAUCCGCACAACGACUUGCAGGCGGUGGAUCGGUGCCACAGAAUCGGGCAGCGGAAUCCCGUCGCCGUCUACCGAUUGGUCAGCCCUCACACCGUGGAAGAUGAAUGGCACAGCGGGAUUGUGGAUCGGAAACUGAAGCUAGAGCACUUGGUACUCGGGGGUGAUGGUGCAGGGUGCAUAUCACAGCAGUGCUGCACUACGAGUGGUAACGUGGACACUCAGCAGCAACCGAUCCCGGCCGCGGAUGUUCUUCGAUGUGCGGCGGCAGCAGUAUGUGCUGAGCCUCCGAAAAAGAGGGCGAGAUCUUGUUCAGCAGUGUCCUCAUCCGAGAGGCAGGCACUGACCGCCGACGAACUCCGCCUGCUUCUCGAUCGUGCGUGGCUGCAACACGUGAUGCCGCACAGGAGCGUGUAG